AUGUACGCCUUCAAGCUCGCCUCCUUCGCAGCCCUCUUCAGCGCCAUGGCCGCUGCUGCUCCCGCCCCUGCCGCUGAGAAGCGAACCACGGGCACUGCCACCUACUUUGCUGCCGGUCUCGGCGCCUGCGGUUGGGAGUCUUCUGGCUCUGACUGGAUCGUCGCCCUGACUCCCUCCAUGUACGACAACGGCUCCAACUGUGGAAAGACCGUCAAGGUCACCAACCAGAACACCGGUACCACCCACAAGGCUACCGUCGUCGACGAAUGCCCUAGCUGCGAGUCCACUGGCUCCCUCGACAUGUCCGAGGGCUUCUUCAAGGCUCUUGGCGGAACCACCGAGGAGGGCGUCUUCCCCAUCUCCUGGGAAUUCUCCUCGUAA